GUCGCUGGUUGAGGUGCACCUUUCCAUUGGUUUCCGGCCAAGCCAACGAGCGCAUCAUCCGCAUUUUACUUACAUACGCAAUCCUAUCUGCGCAUCUUCUGCGGAUGCCACGGCAGCCCAUUCUUGUCACAGGCUUCCUUACCAAUACAACUCUGUUCACCAACACCAACAACCCCCAGUGCACCGGGGAACUACCUACACUACCGACGAUCGGACUUAAGCUUCCCGUCCCGACCUGUGAAUCACCUUUAGCCCCGCUAUCGUGCUUCGUUGAAUGUUGGAUCAUUGGCAGACCUGCAACGGUAUCGACUUCCAGCGCAAGAGGUGCAUGCCUUGGCCGUCCAUGAUCUCGAACACUCGGCAGUCGCCCAUAUUCCAGCUUUACAACCCUCCCAGCAACCAACGUCCAUCUUGAAUUACGUCACGCGAGAUGGAUACCCCUACGUGCCCCCCGCCGCGGGACGACCGCGAGAAGGAGAUUCUCGACAAGCUAGUCGCAAUCCGCGACAGACUUCUGCUCUUGAAGCAGGAUCGCACGACCUAUAUUCGAAGCCAGGAUGUUCUCCCGCUGUACGAGGAGACGAUCGAGCAGGUUCGCCUGCUCAACGAGGCCCGGACGUCUGACCGAAGGGAGGAGAACAGAGUGGACAGAGUCUUGGAGAGCUGUUUUCAGCUACUGUCGCUCUUUUUCAUGACCAUCGGACGAAACAACGAAGCUCCAGCCGCCUAUGCCCUGACUUCGACUAUCCGAAGAUUGUUAGACCACCUCACCGAAGUCGACUUGUACUCCAUUAAGGACUUGGAAAGCAUCUCACACACCCUGACAAAGCUUGCGCAAAAUGUCAAGGCCACCGAGACCGAUUACCCCCCAUACCUCAUCACCCUGCUUUCCAACAGAUUGGAGCUCUGUGACAAGUCUCUGGCGAACCUCCGAAAGCGAUUGGAGCGUUUCGAGGACCCCCUGCCGAAGACUUAUGAGAAACUGAUCUCUAUCCUAAGAUCCAUGUCACUGGCAAACACACGAACAAAGUUCUCGCCAUCGGAAGUCCAGAAGCUUCAAGCCCAAUUGAGAGAGAUCGAGGAGAAGAGACAGGAGGGCAAGUUGUUGACCUCGGAUGGAAAGACACCGGGCGGGUUCGACGAGGUGACCGCUUUGCUGGAGAAAUGCCUGCUGUGGUCUGAUUUCGUUCUUCAGAGGAAAGGAGUGAUUCCCGACUCUUUUAAGCCAACAUACGACAUCUUGUUCCGCAUUCGCAACGAGCUGGAGAAACUCUCAAUCACGCAAGCAUGGUCCCUCCGUGAAGCGGAUCUUUUUGACUUCCAGAGACAGUUGGACAAGAUCGACGAGAGCAGAAUCGAUGGCAACUGGGUGGAUGAUGAGGGCAAGCCUGCAGAGCUCUACGCUCAGCGUACGAUGCUCUAUCUUAUCAGAAGAAGCUACGCCUACAUCUACUCGCUGAUGAUCUCGUCAGAGCCCGUUUCGGAAGCCUUGUUGCCAAUUUACAACCAGCUCCAAACGCUCAAGCGGUGUCUCGUCGAGGUCAAGAACAGCGGCGGCGUGCAGUCUGUGAGAGAGCUGUACCCUUACAGCAUGAAGGUAUGUUGUGCUUUAUCAAUGGAUCGAGCCGGACUAAUGAUUCGCUCGCAGCUAAACUCAAUUGACAACAUGCGCCAAGAUGGAAAAUUCAUGAUCAACGAUGAUAUCCCGGAAGGCCAGGGCAGCGUCACUGAGCUCCUUGCUGAAUGUUUCGAGCUCAACUACGAGCUCAGGGUCGCUGCUGAAGAGCAGGCCGAGACUUGAUGAUGUGGAAGGGACUUGUUUUGUUUGGCUGGCGUAAACGGACUAGCGAUUUGUAUCAUGUCGGUCUUUGUGUGUUUUCUCUUCUGGCCAGUGAAACUGUGAUGGACACAGUUUAAUGGGAAUGGUUAAACGGGACGAGGCAAACUCAAGUGUACUCAAUUAUGGACCAAUGACAUGAUUUCUUUCGACAUUUUGGGAACCUGAGCUCGGAGCUCCCUUUCUGCCAGAGAUCGGAUGGCACCUCAGCUAACGACAGUGCGGUGGUCAGACGCUGCUCCCGACUUAUGGGGUUUGAUGGUACACUGGACCUUGCAGCCUAUGCUGCUCGCAAGCAUAUCGCCUCGUGGCGUGGCUGAAGCUUGACGUAUCACAUUAAGAUUCUAUCGAGAUCCCGUGUCCCUCUUACCCGGCCCAUGUGCCUUCUCAGGGUGUCUAUGACUAUUCCUCUUUUCUAUAUAGU